AAAAAGAAUAGUCAAAGGAAGACAAUAAUGGCGGACGUAUUGUGAAGUGACGCAAGCUUAACUUCUUACGGCAUGCGUUUGAAUAUAAUUUCUAUAGUAAAAAUUGUUUUAAAACCAUUCAAAAGAUUACUAGUGAACACAUGACGAGUUAGCUAAGUAUUGAAAAUAAAAGUCAUACAAUGGCUCGCGAAUUCGAUCAUCUUUUUAAACUACUGAUUAUCGGUGACAGUGGUGUGGGUAAGAGCUGUCUUCUCCUGAGAUUUGCCGACAACACAUUUUCUGGUAGUUACAUUACAACCAUAGGAGUAGACUUCAAAAUAAGAACUCUAGAGAUAAACGGCGAGCGAGUGAAACUUCAGAUUUGGGAUACGGCAGGGCAGGAGAGGUUCAGAACUAUAACGAGCACUUACUAUAGAGGCACCCACGGCGUCAUCGUCGUGUACGAUGUCACGAAUGGGGAGUCAUUUGCUAACGUGAAGAGAUGGUUACAUGAGAUCGAACAGAAUUGUGAUGUCGUGAACAAAGUCCUAGUUGGUAACAAAAAUGAUUGUCCAUCAAGAAAAGUAGUAGUCACAGAGGAUGCACAGAGAUUUGCAAAUCAGAUGAACAUACCACUGUUUGAGACUAGUGCGAAAGAGAACAUAAAUGUUGAAGAAAUGUUUCUCACUAUCACAAAAAUGGUACUAAGAUCAAAAUUGGAAAUGAAAGAAAGACAAAAUGUUACAUCAAAUGACACAGUAAAUCUAAAAAAGAAUCACAAAACCAAGAAGAAAUGUUGCUAGUGGCGCAUGUUGUGGCACAGUGCCUCGGACAUUGCUUGCGCUAUGCUCAAAUAUCGAGAGAUAUGCUGCACAACCUAGCAGAUAACUACAGCACAGGAAAAUGUUAUCAACAGUAAUUAAUCUUGCUGUUUAAUAUAUAUAAAUUGAUGGUCCCGAGCAGUGUAAUAAUGAUUAAUUUUAGUAUGAAACGCUAGUUUUGUUUUUAAAUUUAUUUCAAUGUCAUUAUCCCUAAGUAGAAGUAUGGGUAAUAUAUUCCAAUAUAGAUGUACUGUAUUGAUGAAAUGCUGAUAUUCAAAAUGUCAGUCUCAUGUGCUGGGUUGCACUGUCUCAUGUUUAUGAGCAUAUAUGCUGUAUGGAAUUAUUGACUCCAAAAAUUAUAUUAGGAUAUCUGAAUGCAUAGUUAUUGUGUAUGUUUGUAUUCUCAUAUUCAAAAUUAAUGUGACGUGAGUGCAUGAUAUGGGAUGUAUCACACAUAGGAUAUAAAUGUAUACCACUAAUUAUAUUUUUUAUUCAAUAUAUUCACAGUCAUGUUAUAUUUCAUUGAAACAAACAUGAAUGUGGUUUUGUGAGGAAAAUUUUAGUCUACAAAUGAGUAGUAUUUAUAAAAGAGGAAAUCAACCACUGCAUGACUGUUGUAAACAUUAUCACUCAUUUUUAAUUUUAACUCUUAGCACUCAAUAUGGAAACCAUUUAGUGAGAUGUUCAUUUAUUUAUGUGUUAUGGCAAAGUAUAUUAUGUGCAGUAUUUUGUAUCAACCCAAAUUCAAUGUUUAUUUAUUUAAUUCCUUAGGUAGAACAUAAAAUAUUUUUCAUUUUAAAACUUAGAUAAUAGAAAUGGGAGGUGUUAAUGGAUGUAAUUAUUAUUGAAAUUGUUUAGUUACUUAUUAUUUGGUCUAAUAGUAAAUCUUAGUAAGAUGUCUAAUAAAUACAUGAUGAGUGUAUGAUUUUUGGUGUGCGUACAUACUGUGAUAAGUGCAAGGGCAAUUAUAUCAUUACAUAUCUCCUUAGUUUCUACGAUCUGAGAUUUAAAUUGCAUACUAAUAGUCAUUAUUAUUUUUAUUUGAUAAUGAUAUAUUAUCGUUUUGUAGAUGCCAUCUUCCAGUAGCAGAUGAAGCUGUUAGCGUCAAAUAUUUUUGUUUUUUAUGUAUUCAUUGUGCACAUGUGCACCCCACAUGUAACCCUUAUAGGCGUCACUAACGUGGAAAGAUCUCAGACUAAUAUUAUAUCUGUGAAACAAGGUCCAAUGUUGCAAACACAAAUAUAUAUUGCAUUUUAGUUUUGAUUAUAGAAUAUAUAGAUGAUAUUAGAAUUGAACACAGCCUAGGUAAAUGUCAUACAUGAUAUUGUUAUGUACUAAUAUUUUUUUAUAAAUCGUAUACCCAUGUGAUAGUGAUAAUUAUUCAAUUAAAUUCAAUGUUUUCUUUUCAUCUAGUGUCACAGUUCUAUUGUUAUUUAAUUUUGUGUUACAAUGACUGAUAACUUGUUUUAACUGUAUGACGUUAUAAUGCUUGUGUAAGUAAUCUGCUAUUAAUUAAUGCCAAAAUAUUUUGUGCUGUUCUAUAUUGCUUUUUUAAUCGGUUACAAAACACUUGUACCAUCUAUUUGAGCAUUGAUACUGAAUACUUAUGAUGCCUAGUUAUAUUUUUUAAUAUCAAAAGCAAUUAUCCAUAAUGCUCAAGUACAUAU